CAGGUUUGAAACAUGCCGGUCUGGAGUCGUUUCCGUCAGUUGCUUUGCUGACCUCUUGCCGUACGCAGGGAGGAUGGAUCAGCUUCUCAGUUUGGGGAUGGAUGUUCAGAACUGAAGCAGUCUGGCGACACAGAAGUGCUUUUGGUGGCCUCAGUCAUUCCGAACCACUGUUUGAAUGUGCAACGGCUGAUAGGGAACAAGUGGAUAAUUGUCACGUGGAAGAUGUGUGUUGCUGAAUCUUAGUUCUAAUAGUGAUAGCAGUUCUAAUCGACAGAAGUUGAGUGGCUUCACUCCAGAAGAUAGCUUUGCGGUGAAAGAUAAUUGUUUGGGAGAAACGGAAAUUAUUUGUAUGUGAUUGAAUCGUCUUAGUAAGUGACGGUUGUGUUUCUAAUUGCGCCAGUAUGUAUAGUCUAAAUUGGAAAAGGAAUGUUAGGCAAAUGCUUAAGAAGGAUAUCAUUAUAGGCUAAGGCUGCUAAAAACCACGAAGUUGGCUGAAACCGUAUCCCAUAAAUGUGUAAAAUAUAAUUGAUCACUUUUCAUGUUCGUGUGGUUGUGUGACCUCCGCUUCCCAAGGAAUAGUUGUAUUCUGAAGUGAGGAAAAUUUGUAUAAUCCACAAGAUUGAUUGCGUAUCAACUUGACACGGUAUUAAAUGGUGCAUCACAGAAAAUAUGUAGUGAAUAUCGAGGGUGUUUAAUCGUAACUCAUCGUUAUCAGAGUGUGGAGCAAAAGUGAAGAAUGUUUUAAACUGUGAUACGCGUGUUUCUUUUCCCGCCGGUAUCAACGCAGAUAGAGAUAGAUUUGGAGCAAAUUUGAUCCGUACGUUGCAUUGAGGAGAACAACUUUAAAGUAUUGGCUUUGAUAAAAUAGGAAACGCUAGAUAUACAAUGUACCUGUAUUAAUAAUAAUGUACAACCUAUCAACAGCAAAUGCAUUCCGUGUUGAUCUGUGAGAUAAAACCGUUGGACAGUCAGUUGUGAAACGCAAAAUGUUAAACGAUGCACAUACAACACCUUUCGGAUAUAAUAGUGUGAACAACAUUAGUGAUAAAUAUGAAUACUCGAAUUAUUCGUUCCAUUUCAACGAUAACUCACUCUACUCCACGCUCUCCACCACGUACGGAAAUAAUGUCACAAAUACGACACUGGAGAUCACCUUCAUACUUCCGGUUUGGCGACAAGUGCUUUGGACAUUGCUGUUCGUCUGCAUGGUCAUCGUCGCAACGGUGGGCAACCUCGUCGUGGUAUGGAUUGUGCUGGCCCACAAACGAAUGCGAACUGUGACCAACUACUUCCUCGUGAAUUUAUCGAUAGCUGAUGCGAUGGUUUCGACACUGAACGUCACUUUCAAUUACACCUACAUGCUGAAUCUUGACUGGCCAUUCGGCAACCUCUACUGCAAAAUAUCACAGUUCGUGGCAAUACUCAGCAUAUGUGCGUCCGUUUUCACCUUGAUGGCCAUUUCCAUCGAUAGGUACAUGGCCAUUAUGAACCCCUUGAGGCCUCGCAUGGGCAAACGUGCAACACUUUGUAUAGCAGCUGCCAUCUGGAUAAUAGGAAUAGUAAUCUCCAGCCCCAUGUUGUUGUUCUUCACGACCUUCGAGCUGCAGGACCGAGUAGUCUGCUACUCGGAAUGGCCAGACGGGCCUUCGAACCACUCAAUGCAGGAAUAUGUAUAUAACGUAAUUUUCAUGUUUCUGACAUAUUUCCUGCCGAUCGGAUCAAUGUCUUUUACGUACGCGCGAGUGGGACUGGAGCUGUGGGGUUCGAAGAGCAUAGGGGAGUGUACGCAAAGACAACUAGAGAACAUCAAAAACAAACGAAGGGUGGUUAAAAUGAUGAUGGUCGUGGUCGUUAUAUUUGCGGUUUGUUGGCUGCCGUUCCAGAUAUAUUUCAUCGCAACGUCAUACUAUCCGGAGUUGACCGACAAACCGUACAUUCAGGAGGUGUACCUCGGCAUCUACUGGCUGGCGAUGAGUAAUUCUAUGUACAAUCCCAUUAUCUACUGCUGGAUGAACUCCAGGUUUCGUCGUGGAUUCCAGCAGUUUUUCCGUUGGUGCCCUUUCAUUAGAAUAAGUCCGGACGUGCUAACGCGGCGUGGUGCAGUUAACUCGCGGUAUUCCUGCUCGGGUUCGCCGGAUCAUCAUCGAAUCGUGCGAAACGACACGGAAAGGUCGAUCCUAUACACCUGCCCAGGUUCACCUAAGACACAACGAAGAUCUCAAGGAUCCGUUCACAUUCCAAUGCACAUGUCUACGUGUCAACAUCACCCAGCAACAACUUCAACUUCCUUCUCACAAAAACUUCCGCCAAAGAAUGAAAGCUUUCCAGCCAGAUCAAACACGUUGACAUCUAGCAAUGGCCAUCGCACGCUUCACCACCACCCGCAGCAUCGUCAGUAUCCUCAGCAUAAUCCUCAAAUACAGCCGUCAAGGGGGACUGACGGCGGCAACAGUCCUAUUCCCGCUCUCAUAUCAAGCAAUCUCAAUAGCUUUAAAAACAAUAGUGCGCUUGGCGCAUACAAUAAUGAUGACAUUUCCAACAGUGCUGAUAGCCGAUUCCUGUCUUGACUUGGCCCGUUGCCGGCGUGAAGGAAAACAAACGAGAUUAUAGAUACGCAUUAUUCUGCAUAAACUGUGCUCGUCACAGACUCACAGUAAAGGACAAAUCAUUUGUAUUCGUUGCCAUUCGAGUGUUUGUGGAGUUUUCAAGCUUCAGAAUGUUAUAACUCCCAAAAAAAAGUGCAAUAGUGCACAUGUUUGAUUUCCUUUCUGUAUAUACCAUAAUCAUUUAAUUUGUUUUCAUUUUUGUUCGACUAGCUUUUGUUUCGUGAAACCAAAAAUGACUAAUUUAAGAUAUCUUUAGCAUGAUUUGUUUAUCGUAAAAUCUGUUUCAAUUAUGAAGAUAUCUUUAGCUCAGUUUCGCACCUGGAAACCAUGGCAAAUCUAUGUUUUUUUUUAUUUGAACGCAAUUGGCAUUAAACAAUAUACAGGAUUCUGUUUUUACACGAUUUUUUUUCGUUCGUAUAUUUGAUCGUGUGACUUCAAUUUACCACCAAAAUCUUUGCAACAUGUUUCAAAAAACUCUGUAUAAAUAAAAAAAAAAUCACAUCAU